AUGAAACUUGGACGUUUUGUUAUUUCAGUCGUAGCAGUAUGUUCAGCAACAGGUGGUCCUCAUUACAAAACAUUUGAUGGAAGACGUUACAACUUCAUGGGAAAAUGUGAGUACGUCUUGGCCAAGGACUCAAACGAAACGUUUAUGAUUCUACAAGAUAGUGAACCAUGUGGUAGGGGAAAAGCGACAUGUACAAAUGCUGUCACGGUAAACAUACAAGGAACGAUAAUAUACCUGAGAAGAGGAGAAAAUGUGUUGGUCAAUGGUGCAAAUGUAACAUUGCCAUAUUCAAACCAAGGUAUGCAUGGAAAUGAUACUGUACGAUAUUAAUAUGUGCAGUGGCCAAUUGUAGCCUAUUUUGUGGCCAGCAGCCAGGGGUGAAAUAUUUUUUGAAUAUUAAGGCCGUUAAAAAAAAUUAUUUUCUUUAUGUAUGCAUGAUUCGUAAUUAUGUGCAUGAUAUCUCUUGUAUAUAUUACUUAAUUAUUUAAUUCAUUACUAUACAAUUACUCUAUGGAUUCCGUGUUUGGAUGGCCUGAUCCAAACACGCGGGAAUGUUGCGACAGUUAAGAAAAGCGCGAAACACGAGCCGAAGGCGAGUGAUUUUGCGCGCUUUUUUAACCGAGCAAUAUUCCCAAGUGUUUGGACCAGGCCAUUCAAACACGGAAACCAUAAAGUAAUUGGUUUAUAAAAUAACAACUUUCCGUGUUAAAAUUCCACUCUAAAAAAUUUUCACUUUAAAUUUCCGUGUUUGGAUGGCCUGAUCCAAACACGGGUUUCGACCAAUCAGAGCACGCGUUAUAUACAUGUUAUUUUAUAAUUAUUAUUACCUAACUAUUUCUAUGUUUACCACUGUUCCAAUUCAGACCUUUUACUUUAAUUGUUGUAAUUAAACUUAAAACUUGCUUUCACAUAUUCGUUUAGGAAUGAAUAUCAAAACGUUUAAGAAACGUGGCAUAAAGAUUACAACAGACAUUGAUUUAAUUGUUGAAUAUGAUGGCGUAUUUAAUGUUUUUGUCAAAGUUACCAACAGUUAUAAAGGAAAAUUAUCUGGUCUUUGUGGCAACUUUAAUGGGAAGCGUGGUGACGAGUUUAAGACACCGAAAGAUAAACUUGUGCAGAAAGCAGUAACAUUUGGAAAUUCGUGGAAAAUAGGUGACAGUUGUCCUGAUGUCGAAAGUGUUGAAGAGGACCCAUGUAAAAAUGCCAGUAAACGUGCACAGAAAGCUAAAGAAGAAUGUUCUGCACUUAAAAAACAACCUUUUUCAAGGUGUAGGAAAGCAUUAGAUCCCAAUGCAGGUUAUAUAAAAGAUUGCGAGUACGAUGUCUGCGCAUGUGAAGAUAAUCCUAAGGCGUGUUUAUGUGAAUCUUUCGCUGCUUACGAAGAAGCGUGUGAUGAUUUAGGAAUUGAAGUCAAAUGGAAACAUCUCAAGAAAUUUGCGAAAUGUAGUAAGUUAAAAUAUAUUGAAUUGAAAUAG